GCUCGUGCAUCAGUCUUCUUUAAACCGUGGUGGUAUGUUUAUUGAUCAUCGAUCCCUCGACUUUGGUCGGUACCUAUUUUCUGUUUCAGAAAGAUAUCCAACAGAUCGAAUUUUGUCCCUUCGUGUUUGUCAUGAUUAAAGAUAGAAUUAAUUUUUGCCAAAAUGACGGUUUAACGACAAUGUGAUUAGUAGUAAUAAUAACAAAGGAAAACAAAUGUCAAUUAAUAAUAGGAACGACGACGUUCAAAUCAAUAAAGAGGGAACAAUGGUGUCUGUGUCAACGAUUCAACAAUCAAAUGAGUCCUUCAAUAAAAUCAACAUAGAAGACGGUAUAAAACAACAAUUGGCAUAUUUACACAAUCGACGGCCGGCCAUACAGUCACGAACCGACAGCAAAGUACAAGACUUGAGGGAGGAACAAAUGGAAAGCAAUUUAAAAUUAUUAAAAUUCGUAGCCGAUUCCCAGUUGACAUUAACUCAAGUUAAUGGUCAGAGGAAGCUCGGUCCACCUCCUGGCUGGACAGGACCUCCUCCUGGUCCAAAAUGCGAGAUUUUUGUCGGCAGUAUCCCCCGAGAUUAUUACGAACCGGAAAUUGUUCCUAUAUUUAGUACUGUAGGAACGAUUUAUGAGUUACGCUUGAUGAUGGAAUUUUCUGGCAUAAAUAGGGGUUACUGUUUUAUUAUGUACACCACUGAAGAAGAGGCAGCUCGUGCUGUUAAAGAAUUAGAUCAGCAUGAAAUUUAUCCUGGGAAAAGAAUCGGUGUUGUUGCAAGCACAAAUAAUUGUCGGCUUUAUAUUAAUCAGCUGCCUCGAAAUCUCGAUUCUAAAACAAUUAUCAAGAAAAUCUACGAGAUGACCGAUGAAAUCGAUAAAGUGGCCGUUUAUAGAAAUUUCAACGGCUUCGUUUGUUAUGUUCUGGUUUCGUAUAAAACCCAUCGAGGUGCCGCCAUGGCGAGAAGAAGAUUGGUGCCUGAAUCGGCCAUGCUUUUUAAAAAUUGCGAGGUCAACAUAGAAUGGGCUAAUGCGAACAUGACACCUUUUAACGUAUAUGAAGAAAGUGGAACAUGUGACGAAGAAGGCAAUAUAGUAAUAACAGAAACGUUUAUCGAACCAGUUAAAACUAAAAAGAUCGCGGUUCGUGCGAAACAGAAGGCCGUCAAUAAACGAUCUAACAUAAUAAACAAUCAACGAAUGCAAAAAUCAAUCGAUACGUCGGUUCACAAAGGCAGACCCAUAAAAGCUGCGUCGUCCAAUUCGUUGAAAAGUCACGAUAAUCCAAUAAGUCAAUGCAAACUAGAAAAAUGUCGAUCAAAAAGUUUGGUUUGUUACAAUUGUUGUUCGUUGGUGGAACUUGCAAGGAAAAAGUACGCAUCAAAUGGAGCGUGUGACAUCAAUGGAAAUCUGAGAAACAGUUUAGAUCAUUCUUUACCGCACGAACAUUCCAAGCAGAAUUGCGCUCAACCGGAUCACUCGAAAGCAGUUCUUCCUGCGAUUAGUACAUAUUUAACGUAUUUAAACAAAGGAAAACGUUUGAAGAAUCCUAAAUGGAACGAGUUGCAAAGAUGUUCAAACGAUGCUUUAGGUAGUAUUCAAGAUUUUUCCAAAAAUCUAAAGAAUAUUCCUUCUGAUCUAAUUAACAAUUAUAGAUUAGAGUGUUCUUGUCAUUGUCAGUUUCACGGUAACGGUAGUUUUAAUUUACCAACGCUAUCUUCGAACGAUUUCCAGUCUGUUAAUAACUGGAAUUCGACGGAUAGUUUCGUGAAAGAUUUCUCUAAAGCCUUAAACAUUUCAAACAAAAGUGAUAGUAAAAAAUGUGUCAGACAAGAACAUAGAAGUAUUUAUAAAAGCGAACACAUUCCUGUAGAAACUAAUGUUCGCCACGUAUCGAAUAAUCGUUUGCAUUCUCGCUCCUUGAACGAAUCUAAUCGUCAACUUGCAAAUGGUCAGCAGUACAGUAAUUGCUAUCAAAAUUUUGCGAUUAAUACCGCAGAACAAAUUAAUGGAACAACCUACGAUCAAUUUCCAAGUCAAAAUGUGUUAUCCGAUUUACAAAAUGUCCAAGAGUUAACUGCAUUUCGUCAGGAACCAAAUCGUGAACAUUUUUCGCAACAAUUUCCAUUGAAUGAUGUGAAACCUAUGAUGAUCAAUCAAAAUUUUAAUUGGUUCUCUCCUGAACUUCUGCCUAUGGAAGUGUACCGUCGUGAAUCUGUAAACAUUUCAGGGGUAUCUAAUAAAAUUGUAAACGAUUGCAAGUAUUCGAACAAUCAUUAGAUGAUCAACAAUUCGCAGCAGUAUAAUUACGAAUCUUUUUUGAAUCCUAUAUCAAAGUUUAAUGGGAGAUUCGUACAUAAAAAUCCAAUAAACGCUGUGAAUCCUGCUAUAUAUCCGAAAGGCGCGAUGUUUGCAAAAGAUAAACCACAGUUUGUAGAGCAUUUUCGAAGACUUUGAGGAUUUAUCUUGCCAAGAGAUUAACUGUAAGGAUUAUCGAGUAUCAUAUCAGGAAGUUAUAUAAUUGUGAAGUAUUAUUUUGUAGUCUUUGCUUCGUUGGGUGCCGUUAUGUUGUAAUAUAAAGUUAAGAAAACACAGAUAAGUUGAAUUCAUGCUAAUAUUUCAUAAAAGUAUCUUGAGUUUCAUAGAUUCAUUUGUGUCUUCGUAAACAGAAUCGUCUAAUCUUCGUAAAUAGAGAUUUGUAAGAGGACAAAUUUGUGAUCAAAAUUUUUAACAUUCGAGAUUGUUAUAUGACAUUAUAAUACGUGUGUUAUGGCCGAAUUGAAAGGUUUUGCUAAUCAGUAUUUGAAAGAAAGUUUGGUGAUUCGCCUUUUUUUAUAAUCUAUGUCCUGAAUCGUGUGACACAGUUUUGUUUGUUAAGUAUAUAUACUUAUUCAUUUUUAAACUUAUAUCUUAAAUAUAGAACAUGGAGUAUGGAAAAUUUCGUAUUUUAUAUAAGCCGAAAUUCCUAAUGAUUAAUUAUCACUUCAAGAUUUACUAUUAUACUAAUAAUGUGAAGUAAAACGCGUUUUAUACCAAAGAAUAAUCUAUACUAAUGGCAAUCGUUAUUUCUUAUUAUUGUAAUUCUCUGAAUCUAAAUCAACCUUUAUAUAAUUUUAUUUUCUAAUCGUACUUGUAGUGAUGCUCCUUUUUUUCAAAGCUCAAUAAAUUGUUAAACUCUUUCUAUCUUCGAUUCUUUGUAUCUUGAUCUUCAUAUGAGAUUAAACGAUCUCUGUAUAAUUGCUUAUUGUAUUCCGUUUAUAUAACUAAGUGCUUUAUGUCGUUGCGAUGCAAUUGUACAAUGAAUGUUCAAAGAAAAGCAUAAUUUCUAAGCGAAAAUUACAAUUUAUUCUAAACACUAGAAAUGAUGUUAAGAUAGAUACGAUGUUGUUUUAUGAUACAUUAUAAUAUUUUACAAUCGUCGCUGACCGUAUAACAUUGUUAAAAAAACCUUUUUUCUUGUAAUCAACAAUCUCACACUUUUUUAAUGAAAUAAAUAAUGUUUUGGAAUAUU